AUGGAAGCAACUCUUAGCUUCACUCCGCAAGUAUUUGGGUUCCGAACCCUCAAUUUUCGAGGCCCACACACUGGAGGUAAACUUCAAUUAUGCUAUCCCCUGUGUGCAAAAGCCAGUUUUUCUGACAAGAUGAAUCUAGCAGAAUCCAGCAGAAGGCAUUUCUUGUUAUGUAACAGACCUAUUCCGUUCAGAACAAACAAAAAAUUCUCCAUUAAUUCUUCAGAUCAGCUUCAAACUGAUUAUGCAAAUGCGGAGACAACACCUGCACUUGAAGCUGUACCACCAAAAUCUGAUGAUGGGGCUGCUCUUCUCAAUUUGCAUGAUGUCAAUAACUUGAACCCUUUGCCAUCUCAACCUAAAAUGUUUCGAAACAGGUUCAUCAAUUUUGGACGGAUGAGUUCUGUUAUCAAUAGUGCUGCUGAAUCAUUUUUCAAGAGUGAAAUACGACGGAGGUUAUUUGUGACAGCUGCUUUAAUUGUAAUCAGUCGUGUUGGAUAUUUUAUUCCUCUGCCUGGAUUCGAUAGAAGGUUGAUACCUCGAGAUUACCUAAGCUUUGUCUCUGGAUCUGUUGAUGAAUUAGACUUCUCCGCAGAGCUGAAACUGUCACUCUUUCAGCUUGGAAUCAGUCCUCAGAUAUUAGCAUCAAUACUCAUGCAGGUACUCUGUCAUGUUGUUCCAUCCCUGGUAAAGCUGCGGAAAGAAGGCUUGGAUGGCCAUGAGAAGAUUAAGAGUCAAGGUUCAUCUCUAAUUAUAUGUGUGGGGAUCCUGACGGGUUACACUGAAACAUUAUACAAGAUGCUGUCUCAGCUCUCAGGGAGUGCUGCUAGUUGGUGGCCAUAUAUGUUUGCUGUAUUGGGUGUUUUUACCUUUGUCACUAUGUGGGCAGUGGUGGUGACUGAGGGUUGCAGGAAAAUAAAGCUGCAGUACUAUGGCUUCAAACUUGCCUCUGAUGCAAGAGAUGAUUCACCAAUUACUGAAGUGGAGCCUUAUAUCCCCUUCAACAUUAAUCCAUCUGGAAUGCAGCCUCUUCUCACUGCAACUUAUCUCUUGGCUAUUCCUAGUAUUCUUGCUGGUGGCGCCUCACCAAAACUUGUGUCGGUAAGGGUUCUAACACAUAGCAUUUGUGGCAGCAUCCUUGGGUCACCUUUCUGGGAGCACGUUAAGGAGAUAUUGAACCCUGAAACUUCUAUUGGUGCAGAGCCCUGGGUUUACUAUUCAAUAUAUGCCUUUUUUGUCUUCUUAUUCAAUAUAUUUGACAUUGCCAACUUGCCAAAGGAGAUUGCAGAUUACUUGAACAAAAUGGGAGCUAGGAUUCCAAAUGUAAAACCCGGGAAGGCUACCAUUGCGUACCUCACUAAGAUCCAGGGGUCAACACGAUUCUGGGGAGGUCUGUUGUUGAGUGUAUUGGCAACUACAUCAACCAUUCUUGACCAUUACUUGCGUCGUAUCAAUGAGGGAUUUGCAAUUGGGUUUACAUCAGUGGGUUCUAUUAUUGAAUUAAGAAGAUCCUAUCAAGCAUAUAAUGUUAUGCCAAGUUUAAGCAAAGCUCUGAGGCGGUAUGGUGUGUAA